CCUGACUUGAUACAGUAGUGUCCGGGCGCUUGCAUGCUCUCCGGUUCGCGUGAGUCGUGACGCAGCGGCACUGCGGCCGAGCCGAGGUUGUUCUCCCCGACCUCUGCGUCCAACUCCAGCUGAAUACCUGCCCCCCUUCUUGCUUACUUGCUUACUUUCUCUUGUUACGUCCCAUCUUGACGAAGAGCGUGAUUCCUUCGAAGAUACACCAUGGACGGAUUUGAGGAUGAGAACCCCUUCGAGACAGAGCCCGAGCGCAACCACUCCGACACGUCCUCGUCCUCCAGAGUGGCCGUCUCAGAACCUCCCUCGCCGCUACCGCAUCCAUCUCGACCUCUCAGCUCCCCGCCGCAGUCACCGUCCUCGAGACGGCCCAUAUUCCCGUCGCAGGGCUCGCACAGACAACCGCAGACAUACAAGAGCGAUUUCUGCUGUGCGCGGGACCAGUGGUUACACUCCGGCGAGGAUGUAGAGAUAUUGAUUGUAGACGCGGUGAAGACGACUGUCAAUUCAAACUUUCCCUACAUCACCUAUGUCCUUCGCGCAGGGAACUCCUCCGCCCAUCAUAGAUACUCAGAGUUCGAGUCCCUGCGACUGAACCUCGUCAAACUAUACCCGACGCUCAUCAUACCUCCAAUCCCGUCAAAGCAGACUAUAGGAGACUACGCGAUCAAGCAGGCGAAGGCGAAGGAAGAUGCUGCUAUGAUUGCUCGGCGGAAGCGCAUGCUGCAGACCUUCUUGAACCGCGUCGCUCGGCACCCCAUCCUCUCAAACGAACAUGUCUUUCACAGAUUCCUCGACGGCGAGGUUUCAUGGUCCGAGGUCCUCCAUUCUCCGCCUUUGUCGUUGCUGCCCAAGAACAUCUUGAAAGCGCCCUCACACAAUCCCACUGACCAGAGUACAUUCCCUGCAUAUGCAGCUCUACCGAACCCAUCAGCAGCGCAUCCCCUACGGAGGCCAGAUCAGCGUUUUUUGGACUCUGAGGUGUUCACGAACAAGUUCGCCGCACAUCUAGGUGGACCGAUGGAGAAGGUCACGCGACGGUCAAUGAAACGGUGGUCAGACUAUGCCCAGGACCACUCCGAGCUCGGAGCUACUCUGAAUGGGUUCAGUCUGAACGAGAGCGGUCAGCUUUCCAUUGCCGUCGAGAAGACUGGUCAAGCCAUAGAUGCUACUUAUAUGUCUACAACGACACUGCUACAAGAAUUCGAGCAAGACUGGGCGGAGCCCCUGCACGAAUACAGCCAAUUCGCAGAUAUCAUCAAGAAGCUGCUCGUUUAUAGGCACCAGAAGCACGUACAAUACGAGAUGACCCAAGACCAGCUCGAAGCGAAGCGCGAGCAACUCGAGGAGCUCGAGAGGAGUGAGCGCGAGGCUCGGCGGUUAGAGGAGGCGCUGGGUCAAGGGCGCGUAAGCAGCCUGAGUACAUCGCGCGUGGGCAAGCCCGCUGGGGACGACGAGAGUGGCGCAGAAGGAAGCACGGCGGACGAGCAUGACGCUGCGGACGCGCCGCAACCAGAACCGUCGGUGUAUCUCCCGCCGCAUCCGGGACCGAGCCCCAUUAAGAGGCGGGCACCGGGGAUGGGACUCCUCAGCGCGCUCAGCUAUACCAUGCAUGGGAUGAUGGACGUGGACCCCGAGACUGCGCGACGAAACAACAUUAGCAAGACUAGGGAGACCAUUUCGCAGCUCGAGGAUGCCCUACAUCUAGCAGCACAAGACUUGAAGUACUCAAGCUCAACGAUACAGGCAGACCUCGACCGCUUCCAGCGGCAGAAGGUAGCGGACUUGAGGGAAAUGACGAUUAGCAUGGCGAGAAGCCAUCGGGACUGGUGCAGGAAGAACCUCGCUGCAUGGGAAGAAGCGAAGGCAGAAAUCGCGAAGAUCUCAGACCACCCAAAUCGGAUACCAGACGAUGCGGCAAACAAGACGACCAGAAGAGACUCCACUGCGACUAUCAACGGUCGCUGAAUGCACAUCACCUCAUGAAUCGCCAGAAUCUCGGCCACCCAGUACAUUGCUCAGCAACGGCUACGCCAACUUGAAUGAAAGGGAUGCCAUACUGUAUGUGCAUGUAAUGCGCUCGAAAACUUGCGCGAGCAAGGGUAUGUAGUGCCGCCACCCUUUGAUUGGCGGCAUUUCGAGUGCAAUGUGCAUCAUGUAGUGAGCUCGACUGCAUACAUCAUACAAACUGUACUUCAUAUGUCAAGAUCUGCUAGUAGCCAAAUGUACAAGUACUACAAACAGUGCAUGAGGGCACACAUAGCGCCCAUAUGGACCGCUUC